UGUGCUGGCUCAAGACCUGUCCUGCCCCAGGUCCUGGGCCCUUGGCAGGGGCUGCAGGCAGUGGCAAGGUGCCUGUUAGCUGCUUUGCCGACCCGAGCCUGUCCCAAAGGCACUCACUGCCUGUGCCUCAGUUUCCCCUGGUGAGUGGAGUGAGGGGGCUCCUGGGAGGUGGGGUCUGUGCUGCACCCUGGAGCCAGUGUCCUGGCCGGGCACGGUGUGGGGACCCAGCACAGCGGAGAUCUGGCAUGGUGCCCAGGGACAACCCCAGGCUGGAGGCAGGGGCUGAGGCACUGGGGUGGGCAGGGGGUGUGUGGGGAGCUCGGGGAUGGCAGCAGCCCCAGCCCUGCCAGCAGCACCCUGCUCAGCCCUGUGCCAUCCCUGGCCAGGGCCUGGCUGUGUGCCAUGGGCAGGCAGGAUGAGACCCAGAUCGUGGGAACCUCCCAUGGAAAGAGGGGCUGGGGGAGGCGGGGGCCAUGCCCAGGGCUUGACCGAGGCCAGCGCUGCCUGCCUCUGCCCCAGGGAGGCCACAGCUAUGCCAGUCCCGAGGCUGCUGGCUGCUGGCUGCUGGCCGCAGGCCUUGGCGGCGCGGCCGUCCGUCCAUCCGUCCGCAGGGACCAGUGCUGGACGGCAGAGCCCCGCUCCGCCCUGGGCGGCCCCGGAGAGGAGGGGCCCGCCGCCCCCUCGCUGGCCAGGCGCGGGAGGCUGGGCUGCCGACGGGUUUUAAUGGGCCGUGCCGGGGCCGUGCGGCAGAGCAGGAGCAGCGGCGGUGCAGGAGGGCUGCGGCUGGCCAGGAGGAUGCAGCCAGACCUCCCUGUUGGCGACGCAGCACUGCGCUGCCCACCAGUCCCCGAGCCGUCCGGUGGCCCCUUCCGCGGCCCCCCACCACCCACCAGCCCUGAGGCCACCAAGCCACCCUACAGCUACAUCGCCCUCAUCACCAUGGCCAUCCAGAGUGCGCCCGAGAAGCGCAUCACGCUCAGUGGCAUCUACCGCUACAUCAUGGGCCGUUUCACCUUCUACCGUGAGAACAAGCAGGGCUGGCAGAACAGCAUCCGCCACAACCUCUCCCUUAACGAGUGCUUUGUUAAGGUGCCCCGCGAUGACAAGAAGCCGGGCAAGGGCAACUACUGGACGCUUGACCCCGACUGCUACAACAUGUUUGAGAAUGGCAGCUUCUUGCGGCGCCGACGGCGCUUCACCAGGAAGAGGGGCCUCCAGGAUGCACCGGGUACCGAUGGUGACGAGGGGCGUGGGAAGCCCCCCAGGCACCGGUCGCGAGGGCUGCCCGCCGCCCCACUGCCUGAGGAGGGGAAGGCGGAGGGGGGCUAUGCCUCACCAGCGGCUAUGGGGCGCCUGCCAAGCCCCACCACACUGUCUGAGGGCGACGGGGUGCCAGGGUGCACGGAGCCCUGCACCCAGCGGCAACCACCCAAGGCAAGGCAGCCCUGCCUGUACCUGCCGGAUGCGCCGCAGCCCAAGGGGUCUUUCUUCAGCCCCCCGGAGAGCUGCCCACCCAAAGAGACUGUCUUCGGGGGGCUCCCGGCGGCGCUGCAGCUGCCCCGGCCAGGUCAGUACCCGCAGCCCGGUGAGCGCCCGGCACCACACCCUACCCUGCUGCCCACCCUGCUGCCCGCCCAGCCCAGAGACCCCCCACAGGACUCUCAGGCACCCCCAGGCACCCCCCCGGGGCAGCUAGAGGGUGAGGAGCCAGCUGUCCCUAGGCUGGGGUCUGGCCAGUCUUUUGGGCAGGUGCCCCCCAUGUUCCCUGGCACCAUCCUGGGCACAGGGAAGCCCCCCCCAUCCUGCUUCCUGGAAGGGGAGGGCUAUGUGCAGCCUCCCCUGCCUGUUUUCGGCUCCUUUGGCCGGUCAGGGCCUGAGGCGCUGGGCAGCAGCUACCAGUGCCGGGUGCAGGCGCUGAGCUUCUGCAUGAAGGAGCGGCCGUGCAGCACAGCGCUGGAGCAUCUCCUGGCUGCGUCCCCCCCAGCCCCUGCUGCCCCCCGCCAGCCACCCUUCGGGGCUGCGGGGCCACGGGUGGGUGAGCAGAAGGAGCCAUGGGGACCGAGGAGUGCAAUCCCACUGCAGGGGGGCAAUGGCUACCCGCUGGGGCUGCCCCCCUGCCUCUACCGGACACCCGGCAUGUUCUUCUUUGAGUGAGGGACUGGCCCAUCCCAGUACAGCCCCGGCACCAAAUAAAAACAGAUUCCCCAA